AUGCCGAAGGGCAAGUGGAUUGACAAGAAGACGGCCCAGCACUUCACACUGGUGCACCGCCCACAAAAUGAUCCGCUCAUCUACGACGCUGAUGCCCCUUCGAUGGUGCUGAACCCUACAGCCAACCAGAAUGCGUCGAAAGGAAAGAAGCUAAACGACCUCGCCUCCGAGCUGAGCGAGAGCGAUGUCGCCCACAUGCGCGCCAACGAAGGCGAGGCCGCCAACUAUGGUGUCUAUUUUGACGAUACUGAAUACGACUACAUGCAACAUCUGAGGGAUCUUGGAUCAUCAGGCGCUGGGGAUGUUGUCUUUGUUGAGGCGAACACAGAGCAAGAUAAGGGAAAGGGAAAGCACAAGCAGAGCCUAGAGGAUGCCAUCAGGCAGUUAGACUUGGAGGAUGAGGAGCGUAAGAAACGUGAACUCUUUGAUGAUUCAUUCCUGCCAAGCAAAAAUCUUCAGCACAUCACCUACCAGGCGCAGCAAAAUAUACCGGAUGCAAUUGCCGGUUUCCAGCCAGAUAUGGAUCCGAGGCUAAGAGAGGUGCUGGAGGCUCUUGAGGAUGAGGCCUAUGUGGAUGAUGAAGAUGAUAAUCUGUUCCAGGAAUUGGCUAAAGAUGGACGGGAACUCGACGGGAUCGAAUUUGAAGACGACGAGGGCUGGGAGACAGAUGACACGGCCAAGCCGAGGAAAGAAUACCGUGAUGAUGCCGAGGUGCCUAAUUUAGUCCCAGUCACCGGCCCAGGAGAAGAAGGUGCAUUCGCAGGCGAAGAGGCAGAUUUCGUGAAGAAUGAAAACUGGCUGGAGGAUUUCCACAAGUUCAAGAAAAACCAGAAAAUUGGCGGUCGUCCCGUGGCCGGGGUCACACCAUCAGUAUCAGACCUGCAGUCUAGCAUCCUAACCACAACCACGAACGGCGGGCGGCGCAAGAAGCGCAAGGGGGCUCUGACAUCGCAAUCAGGAUACUCUAUGACGUCCUCUUCGCUAGUACGUACGGAACAGCUUAGUCUACUAGACGCGCGCUUCGAGGUUCUCGAGCAGAAGCAGUACAACCCUGAUCACGACGACUAUGAGUGGGAUGGGGAUGCCGAUGACACUGGGUCAAUAGCCCCGUCAAUGAUGUCGACAGCAUCGAGUGUCACGGGCCCCCUACGGUCCGAUUUUGACAGCAUCUUAGACGACUUCUUAGGCGACUAUUCGAAGGUUGGCAAGAAAACGGUUAAGAAGGGUAAGUGGGGCAACGGUGUAGAGCAAUAUGAUGAAUUCCGGAGAGAGCUGGGGCCAGCGAGAGUGCCAGCCAAGUACGGUGUCAAGCAGCGGCCAGCCACUACGACCAAAGCAGGCGGCGCAUCAACAUCAACCUCACGCUGA